CGAUGCUCCCGCUGGGCCAUGCCGGGUGCUAGGCGGGCGACAAAGCAACUCCUUUGCGCUGUCAGGCUGCGGUUGAGAGACCAGGCUGGUGAGACAGGGGAGAGACGGGGAGUGCGUAGGGGCGCGCAGGGCGAAGCGGCGAUCUGGCAGGUGCAGCAGGCCGACCGGGAGCGCAGCACCCGCACCGCCGAGCUCCAGGCGCCCCGCGCCGGGCCCGCUGAUAUCCGAGCGCGCCGGAGCCGCCCCCCCGCGUCAGCGCCCGCAGAUUGGCGGAGCCGUGGCCCCGCGAGGCCCUGCCGGCCCGGCGCUAGCCCGCGCUCCGCUCUCUCCUCCCCUUGGCCGCGCCCCGCGGUGUCGCCGCACCUCCUCCGCGCAGAGCCGGGAGCCGGAGAGGCCCGGCUGGGAACCCGCGGGCAGCGAGGGCUCCGGCCCUGUGCGCGCGGCUCUCGGCCUGGUCUCCUGCGUCCCCGAAGCUCCGCGCGCAGCCAGCGGCAGCCGCACGGCUCCUCCCGGCGAGUGGAGGCCAGAAAGCAGGCCAAGUCCCUCCCCGGAGCCCGUGGGGCGUCUGCGCGGACAGACGAGCUUCCCUCCGGGCGGUGUCCUAGCACCUCGGGUCCCUGCAGCCCGCUAGGUGGAGAACGAAGGGACGACGUUGCCACGCGGCGGAGAGAAAGGAUGCAGGCACUUCACAGAAGGUCUCAGAAGAGGCUCUGCUAUCAUGACUCUGCCCAGAGGCCCCAGGAAGGCCAAGUUGCCUAUUGCUCUUGGAACUCCUGGAGUCAGAGGAGGUGCUGUGUGCUCCGAAAUCUCGGAGAGCUAUAAACCCUGGCUUAUAAACCCUGGCUGGCCUGCCUAGAGGUUCACUGCUAACCUCAGUGGCAAUGCUGCUUGCAGGUGAGUAGAGGUUACACAGAGACCCCCAAGCCCAGUGAGCAGCUGCCUCCGUGUGACAAAGAAGCUGGGUGUGUAUGGCUGCUUUAGAAUAGUGGGACAUGGCUGAAAAAACAGAUGUGGUUAUCUGGGCACGGAUGGUGUCUUAGCAAUGGGAUCAGUGUCCAGUGGGCUGGGGCUGACUGACCUGGGUGUGUUGG